GCAUCGGUCGUGUCUGGGCUCGCGCUGCACUGUUGGUUCUUUACCAAGUGGUGAGAUCAGAUGAUACCGAAAAUAUAUAUGUAUUUUUAAAUGACUGAACCGAAACACCGAACAGGCUACGUCUGAGGUUUGUGUUGCGGGUAAAGUUUGGAUUUUAGACAGCUUGCACUGAGUGAAGCUCCUCCCGUCUGUCCCUUCACCGUGGACACAGCAGGUGGAUGCCGCCAUGCCAUUUGGGUGCCUUGCCGUGCGAGAUGGGCGGAACUUAGACAACAUCUAUGAUGUCACCGAUAAGUAUGAGAUGGGACAGGUCCUUAAAGCGAAGGAGUUCUGUGAGCUUUGUAUGGCUAAAGACCGACAAACCAACAAGGUGUUUGUCUGUAAGAAGUUUCUGAAGAAGGACGGGAGGAAAGUACGCAAGGCUGCCAAGAACGAAAUCCUGAUCCUCAAAAUGGUCAACCAUCCAAACAUCCUCCAACUGAUCGACACUUUCGAGACGCGGAAGGAGUACUUCAUCAUCCAGGAGCUGGCUACAGGCGGUGAUGUGUUUGACUGGAUUCUGGACCAGGGGAAUUACACAGAGAGAGAUGCCUCCAACGUGAUCAAACAGGUUCUAGAGGCCGUAUCCUAUCUACACUCACUCAACAUCGUACACAGGAACCUCAAGUUGGAGAACCUGAUGUACUACACAGAGAACAAUCACAACAAAGUGGUUCUGCGGGAUUUCUACCUGUCGAAGUUUGAGAACGGUUCCAUCACAGAACCCUGUGGAACACCGGAGUACCUGGCUCCUGAGGUUGUGGCCAGACACCGAUACGGUCGACCGGUGGACUGUUGGGCAGUAGGGGUCAUCAUGUAUAUACUUCUGUCGGGGAAUCCUCCGUUCUACGAUGAGACAGAAGAAGAGGACACAGACCUUCACAACCGGAUCAUCUUCUGUCGUAUCGUAGCCGGGGAGUUUGAGUUUGACGCUCCCUACUGGGACGACAUCUCUGUUCCAGCUAAGGAGUUGGUGUGUAGACUGAUGGAGGUGGACCAGAUGCUGAGAAUCACAGCAACAGAUGCUCUCGUACACAAGUGGAUUGCUGGUAGCGGGGCCUCGGAGAAGAACCUGAAGGAGGGAGUGUGUGCCCAGUUUGAGAAGAACUUUGCUAAGGCCAAAUGGAGGAAAGCUAUCCGAGUCACCACCUUCAUGCAGCGUCUUCGUGCGUCUGAGACUGCUGCAGCUGAAGUGGAGGCAGGAGGGCAGGGGGAAGGAAGGGGUGAGGACCAGGGAGGUGGAGGGCAGAGUGAGGGAAGAGGGGUGACACCAGAGGGGACGGUUGGAACUAAUCCGGAGUGUGAGGAGAGGAACGGGGGAGGAGGGGUGAGGAGAUGGGGAGAGGAGAGGGGAGGAGGGGGGAGAAACCCUUUGAGUCCCUCUGUAGGGAUCUCUCCUUCCACCAAUAAUGAACCGCUCUCCCAGCCUCCCAACCAAUCAAAUGCCAGCUCCAAACCUCUGGGGGAUGAGCCAAAGAAGCCAGCCGUGAAGAAGACGUCAGGCAAAAUGGCCGCCGCAUUGGGUCAAACCAAAACAACAACAGAGACCAAAACACAUCCUACCCCCAUCGUAACCCCUGACCUCACCAAGCCCCAGGACCCCGUCACUGUCUCUGACCACGGCACAGCAGCACCAUCGUUGCCUAGCAAUGCCAAGAAGAAGCAACCAACCUAUGUCACUCCUGAGACUCAACGACACAAGAUGGACGCCCAACUCCCCAACAUGGGCCCAGGCCCUGCUGCUGCUACUACUACUACUGCUGCAGCCACAGCCCCACCUGCUGACAGGAGGCCGGCAGUGCAGGCUCCAGUAGAGGAGAAGAAGCUGGAUGACAGUAGCUGGUGUCAGACCCAGCUCCCUGAGGCUGUAGCUGAGAGGCCUGCUGGAGGUGGGGGAGUAGGGGGAGGAACUGGGAUUGAGAUGGGAGGGGGAGGGGCAUCUGGAGCAGGGUCAGGGGUACUUGGAACAGGAUCAACAGUAAGAACUGGGAUAGGGCCAAGAGGUGACGCGAGCCCCAUUGGUACAGACCAGAGAGCAGACAGUCACAGUGGAGAGUUCAGCAUGUCCAGGGGGGAACCCAAACCGUCCGACGGGGGCUACAGUUAUACCAUAGGGGCCCUGGGAAGCUCCCGUUGUCUAGGCCGACACACCACCACAUACAGCCAGGAGGUUGAGCUGGGGGGGUACGGGGGUUCCUACUGCUCCUCUCUGUACGGCAGCGGGGGUGGAGGAGGGAUGUAUGGGGGACUGGAGCAUGGAGGUGUUGGGGUCAGAGGUCAUGGUAGUAGUACUGCUGAUUGGCAGAUGGACAGCGUGAUCGAACAGAUCGAGAAGCAAAUGGCGGCGGUGCUGGAGAAGAUCGAAGGGGACAUGCCCUCACUCCUGGAACAGAUCAGUGACUGCCCCCCGCCUCCCGAACUCCCCCGCAGCACACACACCUCGCCCUCCUCACGCUCCCGCUCCUCCCAACACCAACCAUCUCACUCCUCCACCUCCUCCCUCACCUCCACUGCUACACCCCCACCCCUCCCCACAACUCCCAGACCACCUCUUCCCUCCCUCCCCCACCUCACCAUCCCCCCUCCAUCCUACCCGCCUCCUUCCCUGCCCACCCGCUCCCCUGGUCAGCCAGUCGGUGAGCACAAGGAGAGAGACGGACAGCGGGGAGCAGUCCAUUCCAGCCAAUCCCCAUCCGUGAGGCCAGGGAAGGGCCAAUGAGUGUCGAUAAAAGAGCCGGACUGGAUUCCUGCUCCACUCCUCCUUGUCCUCCUGAACGGGUUUUCAACCAUCACCUGUCCCCUAUAGAAAGGCUACACCGAGUGGACAAAACAUUAAGAACACUUUUAUAAUAUUGAGUUGAAAACCUACUACCAUACCCCGUUCAAAGACACAUAAAUAUUUUGUCUUGCCCCAUUCACCCUCUGAAUGGCACACAGACACAAACCAUGUCUCCAGGCUUCAAAAUCCUUCUUUAACCCGUCUCCUCCCCUUCAUCUACACUGAUUGAAGUUUUGGUAUCUUAGUUCUUUCUUAGGAUCCCCGUUAGCUGUUGCAAAAGCUACUCUUCCUGGGAAGGGGGGUCCACAGGAAGGUUAAUACCAACAGCUCAUAGCUUUCACCUGGAUUCACGUGGUCUAUAGUCUAUAUCAUGGGAAAGAGACGGUGUUCUUAAUGUUUUGUAAACUCAGUAUACGUACAGUAUGUUUAACUGUUAUUUAAACGUUGUGUGUCAUGACUAGUUGGGACAUCUAUGUACACGGGUACAGAAUAGUUGUACCUGUAAUCUGGCAGAGUGGGGAUGGAUCUUGAGAAAGCAUGUUGGGAAUGUGGAUAUUUAGAUACCCUCCCUAAAACUUACUAACUAACUUUACACUACUGGCAUUUAAAUGCACUGACUGACCUUUUUGGGUAUGUACUGUAUACUCUGUCCGUCUGUAAGACACUUCCACAGUCACAAAUACUUAUUUUACACACUUUGUUCCUUCUCUCUUGAUUUGUUGAAUUGGUGUUGAUUCUCCUGUCUAUUGAACCUCUCUUUCUUAUGUGAAUACUCUCUUUGUUUUCUUUCUGGAGACUGUGGUCCCUGCCUGCCUGUCUGGCACCCUAUUGCCUGUUCAGUGCACUACCAGGACCUUUUGGUCAAAACGUAGUGCACUAAUUAGGGAAUAGAGUACAAUUUCAAACGUAGUCUCUGAGUUGUGUAUCCGUGUGACCGAGUAAGACUGGGUUUUGUGUUUCUCUCCUCUAGAUCAGAUAUUGCCCUGUUACUAUUUUCAGAUGUCUGGCUGCAAGUCUUUCAAUAAAAAGUCUAAAACA